CAAUUUUCGAUUGUAUUGAAAAUAUGUCAUCUCAGAUUUCUUUUGAAUAUUCAAAAUAUCUUUGAACAAAUAUGACGAAAUUAAAUGAACUACUUAUUGGUCUUACAAUAUUCUUUGGAAUAUAUGGAGCAAUCACCACAAGGCAAAUAAAACAUGAAGUUUUUGAAUAUUUCUUUUUUGAAAUUCAAAUAUUGCCAAUUAUCAUGAUAAUUGCACUUGGUAUAUACGCUGUUACCACAGUCCUUUACCGUACUUUAACGUUCAAUGAUUGCAAGGAGGCUGCGUUAGAGCUUCAAACAGAAAUUCAAGAAGCAAAACAAGAUUUAAAAAGAAAAGGUUUUAAGUUUGAUGAGUAAUUUCACCGCCACAAUUUCUUGAAGAGACUGUUUUAUAUUAAAAUUAAUGUUAAUGUAAAGUUGAAAGAAUAAAAAAAAAAUUUCAUUUUAAACUUUGAGUUUAAGUUUUAGACAUUUCUUUAUGAAAGAUGUUUUAAACUUUUAGCUGAUAUCUGUUUCCUUGAAAGUCUUAAAAAAUAAAGACAUUGAUAAAAGAGUAAGUUA